AUGCGGCAGCCAAAAAAAUCCAAUGGUGCACAACGGACCAAUCAGGCUAUCUCCGAUAACGCUCAGAUAAGACCGUCGGCGAUCACCAACUACGCAAUGGAGAGGGAGGUGAAAUGCUUCAAUUCCACGCUGGCAUUGCGCAUUCAAAUGUUCGCCCGUCUACACAUGGUGACUCAGUCAAGACGCACGAUCCAGUCCGCUGCCAGUCUACCCGCCUCUCCAUUGUCCCGUCUUGUCACCAAGAACCCCCCCAUGCGGAGGACCGAUUACGGCGCCGAAGAUCGAUCUCCAUCCUCUAGCACACAGCGCGCCGAUGAGCAGAAUUUUUGA